AUGGCCUUUCUCUGGCAGAGUUUGCAGCUGUCAUCUGUUCCUUUACAGAUGCUUUUCUACAUAAAUGGGGUCUAUUACAUCUUCUACUUCUUGGCCACUCUGGCAAUGAUUGUUUAUAAAAGUCAAGUUUUCAGUUAUCCAGAUGAUUUCUUGAUUCCUGAUCUUGUCCUGCUUUUCCUGAUGGCCAUUCUUGAGGUGCUCCAGCUAUACUUGGGUUCAAAGGGCAACCUGACAGAAGAGGAGGCUCCCCUGGGGCUCAGUGUGGCCAUCACGGUGGGAAGUGUGCUGCUGUCUGUGUACUUCCUGGUGUGGCAAACCUACGUGCUGCGGGCAGACGUCGUCAUCAACGCUGUUCUGCUCUGCGCUCAUGGGCUGGAGGCAGCACUGAAGGUCGUCGCCAUUGCUGCCUUUGUCAGCUAA